AUGGCCAGUUUGGCCGCCAGGCAGAUUGCCAGGUCAUGGGGGCUUGGCUUCCGAGGGCUAGCAGCAGCAGCUGGACCAGUGGGCUUCAUAGGCCUGGGAAACAUGGGUGGGCCGAUGGCACGGAACCUCCUGAAAGCCGGACACGAGGUUGUUGGGUUCGACGUUUCUGAGCAAAACCUCGCCAAGCUUGCCGAAGCUGGGGGACGCCCAGCACCGUCCCCGCUUGCAGUGGCGGCAGAAGCAAAGACUGUGGUCACCAUGCUUCCGGCUGGUGCGCAUGUGCGCGAGGUGUACUUGGGGAGCAAUGGGCUUCUGCUUGAUGGUGGAGCAUCUUCGGGGUCACUCCUGAUUGAUUGCUCCACCUGUGAGCCCCAUGUGGGCAAGGAGGUGGCAGCAGCUGCUGCAAAGAGAGGUGCUGUCGCAGUGGAUGCGCCGGUUUCAGGCGGCACGCCCGCUGCGGAGCAGGGAACCCUGACGUUUAUGGUCGGUGGGCCGGAGGACGCUUUUCAAGCUGCGAGUCUCAUCCUGCAGCACAUGGGAAAGAAGGUGGUGCAUUGUGGAGAUGCAGGGAUGGGUCAGGCGGCCAAGCUUUGCAACAACCUCGUUCUGGGAAUUACCAUGGCCGCCGUCUGCGAGGGCCAUGCUCUUGCUGGCCGCCUGGGCCUGGAUCAGAGGAAGCUAGCGGACAUUCUCAACACCAGUUCUGGGAGGUGCUGGAGCAGCGACACCUACAACCCCUGCCCCGGUGUCAUGGAAGGGGUUCCUUCAGCCAGGGGCUACAGUGGGGGAUUCGCAUGCGACUUGAUGCUGAAGGAUCUGAACCUGGCCACGUCAGCCGCCUUCGUGUCCCAGCCAAAGCUGGGCCUUCCGCUUGGAGGCUUGGCCUUGCAGCUCUACUCCCAGAUGAGCUCCCGGGGAGACGGCGGCAAGGUCAAGGUGGUGCCCAAUGGGGGCAGCGGAAAGCCGCUUGCAGAGGUUCCGCCCUGUUGCUGUGGGCCGGAGCCCUCUUGCUGGGAGAGGUGCCUGAUUGGCACCUGCUUCGGCUGCUGUGGGCCCUGCUUCCCCUGCUGGGGCUUCUUCCUCAUCGGCUGGCUCUUCACCAUGCUUUUCGUGCGUGAGGUUCAAGUGCAAGGAACGGACAUCUUCUCCUUUGAAGAUCCUGCAGUGGAAAGCAACCUCAAGGUGCAACAGUGGUUUGGCUACCAAGCUGCCCUGAGCGAGCGGCCCGGUUGUUCUGACCAGAGGCACGAGGACCAGGCGGUUUGCGAGGCCGACGAACUUUGUGAGUGGGUGAGGCGAGGCCCUGGCGGUUCUUGCCGCGACAUUGAGUGCCCUGGACCUGCACCCAAGGCGCGCCAAAACCCGCUGUACCUGGACUUUCUCCCGGCAUUCAUCAGCACGAUCUACGAGGCGGUUGAGGAAGAUGGCAACAUCCUGGACGACGACAUCAUGCAAAUCAUCAAAAACUACGAGCAGGAGCUCUUCACUGACGUUGACGGCGCUGAGUACACCGACAACGGUGUGACACGGGCCUCUCCAUGGGAUGACGACUGGUGUUUGAUGUCCUAUCCGGGCCAUGGCUUUGGCUCUCCGAAGUGUGCAUCGGGCGUCGGCCUGACACACGUGUUCUCGAUGGAUUCGGCAGGCUUGAACAAGAUUCAGGAGCAGGGCCUUGCCGGCUUCAACCAGCUGGGGCUUGGAGGCAUGAUGGCCUGCAUCUGCCAGAUGGAAGAGUCGUGCCAAGUCUGCAACAGCGACGGCACGAUGAAGCCCAAGACCGCCUGGCCGUCCUCCAUCCAAACGUGCAUCGCCGACUGGAAAAGCAACGUCAUCUCCAUGUCCCAGGCCCAGUCAAACGAACCGACGACCACCACCACCACCCUGGACCCUACUUCUGCCCUUGGCCAACUCUGCUCAGCGGGUCCGGCCGGCUUCGGCGGCGGCUUUGCAACAUCCAGUGGCCCCGUCAAUACCAUGGUCCUGGAUAUGGUUGAGCAGCAAAUGGUUCAGACGGUGGCGGCCGGGUGCGCAUCCAACAUGACAUGUGGCUGGUCUCCUCCUGGAACACAUCGGAUCUGCACUUCCUCGGCCUACUUUCCGGCCACGGAUGCCACGGGCCUGGUCACAGGUGCUGCGAAGGAGGCAAUCCUUGACAAGCUGUGUGAUCCCACGUUGCCGCUCUGGUGGAACCUGAAGAACAGUUUCAUGCCAAUCAGCUUUGAUUGUGCGACACGGAAGAGCAAGUACACCCUCUCCCGCUUCUUUGCAGGAGCCACCGACCCGGAGGAUGAUAAAGAAGGUGAGAGAUUCCAGCUGGGAUAUGUGGAAGGUCGAACCGGUUGGUAUUCCAAGGCUGCACGGAUUGAGGCAAAGUACGAGAGGGAGCAUGGCAGCAAGCUCCGCAUCAUGCUGUUCUCUGGUGCCACACUGAUCGCCCAGUACCUGGGGAUCCUCCUGGUGGAUGGCUUCCUCUCCCUCGGUUCGCUGGUGUCGGUUUGGGCAUACAUGUGGCUCAUGUUGGAAAGUCUGGAGCCCAGAUGUGUGUUUCUGGCGUCCUGUGGAAUGUUCGAGAUCGUUUUCUCUCUUCCAGUCGGGAUGUGCCUGUGGGUGCUUAUCCUGGGACAGAAGAUCUUCUGGUACCAGAUGCUUGUGAUCUACAUGAUUCUGGGCAUCGGCGCUGACGAUGUUUUCAUUUUCUAUGAUGCUUGGUUGCAGUCCGCCCAUGCCGAGGGUGUGAACCACAGCAAGACAACUCGUUUCUGCUGGGCCUAUCGGAGAUCGGUGGGAGCGAUGUUGGUGACUACGUUGACCACUUGCGGCUCCUUUGUCAUCGGUGCUACAUCGCCCCUGCCCUUGGUUCAGAGCUUCUGCAUCUUUGCAGCGGUUGUGGUUCUGGUCGAUUACCUCUUCUGCAUCAGCUUCUUCGCCUCUGCAGUGUUGGUCUACGACGAGUGGAUCAAGGGCUUUGGCUACUGCUGCCGCUGCUGUGGCAUCGAGGUCCGUGAGCCAGGCACUUGUGGUGGCCCAGGCUGCUGCUUCGGAGGCCUCCGCGCCCUUCUGAGCUGCUGCGGCAACAGCUGGAAGUGCAUGCCGAAGCCUCCUAAGCCGGAGGACCCCCCAGAGCCCCGCGCCAUGGAGAAGUUCUUUGCCGGGCCAGUCUUCCGCUUCUACCAGUCUCACAAGAUCAAGCUCAUCCUCUUCUGGCUCGUAGUGGUCAUCGGCAUGGCCACGAGCGCGGGGGUUCAGCUGCGUACCGCCAAAAAGAGGGCACCCAUCGGCCGUGAGAACAUCGAUGUCAUCAAGGGCUCCGACAUCCUCUUCUCAGAGUUCGAGUUCUCGACUCGGCCAGUCACUGCCUCGAUCGUGUUCGGACUGGAGGACGAUUCGCCAGUGACUUGGGCCCGUGACAGGCCCGACUCUACCCUCAAUGCGCCAAAGUUUGGCGGAAACUCGGCCAGUGAUCUGGCUAAUCCUGCCAAGCAGAUGGAGCUUCUUGCGCUCUGCACGGCCGUUGACCUGGGAAAGGACACUGCCAACACACGCUGCGGUACACGCGAAUGCCUGGCGCGUGGCUCGCCCGUCGCUGGCAACUGCCCAGCUGACACUGCGGCUUGGCAGAGUGCUGGACUCUACAUCCGAGCUGAUGAGAGCUGCGUGACCUCCCGCUUCUGUUUCAUGGAGGACCUGCUGUACUUCUGGGCAUCCAAGCAGGGCAACUGCCCAGGAAAGGACGCCACCGCUUGCGCAGCAGCCGCUGGCUGUGCCUAUGCGAGCGACACGAUGAGCUGCUACUCGACAACCGACCCUCUCAGCUAUUCAGGACUGUCAGAGAGCGACUUCAUCUCUCUUCUGUCAACAGCUUCCUCGACUGACCCAGGGGUGACCGAAUGGGAGGAAUAUAUGGAGAAGAAGGCAAACUAUCUGAAGAGCAUCGACCGCCGCUAUGAAGCCGACUUCAUUUCCCAGUACACAGGAAUUCGGCUAAACAAUGACAAGACCGCGAUUCAGUUCGCAUGGGUUAGCUACAAUGCUACCUUCCCGCGAGAGAACACUGUGGACGAGGCCAAUGAGUGGUACAACCGCUGGGAGGAGUUCAAAGAGACACAUGCCCCGAACCUGGGAGGCUUCCAGACGGCAGAGCUCUACUUAUUCCUGGUCACUCAGAAUGAGAUGGUCAAGGCUGCCACUAUGGGAAUUGGCCUGUCCCUGUUGGUUUGCUGGAUUGUGCUACUAGCGACGACAUGGAACUGGUGGACCUCAACCUUGGGCCUGGUUUGCAUCGUCUGCAUCACAGCGACCUUCUUGGGUGUCGUGCCACUUCUGGGUUGGAGUUUGGGCGAGAACGAGUGCAUCUUCAUGAUCGCCACUGUGGGUUUGUCAGUGGACUACACAGUGCACCUGCUCCAUGCCUACAACAGUUCGCCUGCCAGGACGCGCAUGGACCGGACCCACGCUGCCUUGGAAGAGAUGGGCAUCUCCGUUGCCAACUCUGCCAUCACGACCCUCUUCGCUGCGGCCAUGCUCUUUGCUUGCGGCUUCUAUUUCUUCUUCCAGUUCGGGGGCUUCAUCUUCAUGGUCAUCGGACUGUCCAUCCUCAUGUCCACCAACUUCCUGUUGCCUCUGCUGAUGUUGGUCGGCCCGGAGAAUGAUCAAGGCAACCUCUGCUGCUACCGCUUCGCGAAGUCCACACCUAAGAGUAUCAGUAGUGAGUGA